CUUUGAGCUGUUGGAAAACAUCAGAUUCCACAAUGGGAUGUCCCUGGAGAACUUCGUGUUACACAAAGUGUUGGGCAAGGGCUCAUUUGGAAAGGUCAUGCUGGCAGAAUUGAAAGGAAGUGGAGAGUACUUUGCAAUCAAAGCCCUGAAAAAGGACAACAUCCUGGCUAAUAGUCACAUACAUUUCCUCAUGGCUGAAAAGAGAGUGCUGAAAUUAACCGCAGAUUGCCCUUUCCUCGCCCAUUUGUAUUUUACAUUCCAAACAAAGGCUAACUUAUUCUUUGUGAUGGAGUAUAUAAAUGGGGGAGACCUGUUCUUCCACAUACUAGAGAAGGGACAGUUUGACCUAGUCAGCACACAAUUUUAUGCUGCAGAGAUGACAUGUGGACUUCAGUUCCUCCACAGAAAUGGAAUCAUAUAUCGUGAUCUGAAACUGGAAAAUGUCAUGUUGGAUAGAGAUGGGCACGUCAAAAUUGUGGACUUUGGGCUUUGUAAAGACAACAUGUUUGGGGAUGAGCGUACCAAAAGCUUCUGUGGAACGGACAAUUAUAUUGCACCAGAGAUAUUUCAGGAACAACAGUACUUUUCCCCUGCUGACUGGUGGUCAUUUGGAGUCCUUCUCUUUGAAAUGUUGACUGGUGAGAGUCCCUUUCAAGGAGCUGAUAGAGUUGAGGUCCACAUCUCUGUCUGCAUGGACAUUCCUCCGUAUCCCAGCUGGAUCAACCAGGAGUCAAAGGACAUUCUGGAAAAGCUAUUGGAGAAAGACCCCAACCGCAGGCUGGGCACAUUCGGGAACAUUAGGGAACACCCCUUCUUUGAGUCCAUCGAUUGGCCUAGGCUUGAAAGGAGAGAGGUGGAGCCCCCAUUCAAGCCUAAACUGGUACUGUCUGCUUGGUCAUUGGUUUAUGUGCUGAUCAUAUAUAUCAAUAUACAUGCCUUGUACAUUUAAAGUGAAGCUUAUGUGAGAACAGC